AUGACUCGCGCAACAGACCAAGACACUGUGCGAUACUCUACAGUGCUGCCUUCCAACAACAGCAGCUUCUCUUCUCUGGACGGCUACACUGCUGCUGCUGCUGCUGCUGGUGCUGCUGAGGAGCAGAGCAAGGGAUGGGCCUUGACGGUGGACCCCACAGCAGCAGCAACUGUUGCUGCUGCUGCGGCAGCGGUCCUCUCAGGAACCCCCUAUUCUAAGUGGGGCAAAGAGCCAGCAGCAGCAGGAGCAGCAGCUGCUGCUGCGCCUGCUGCUCCCGCUGCUGCUGCGUGCAGCUGCUCCGACUCCUCGCUGCUUUCGCAUAGCUGCGCGUGCUGCCUGCAGCAGCAGCAGCAGCAGAAGCAGCAGCAGCAGCUGGCGCAGCUCUUCAGCUGCUGCGACACUACCAGCGUCGACGCGCUGCUGCUGGGGCUCUUAGCCAAAAUCUCAGCAGAGCACCCGCAGCUGCUGCAGCAGAAGUUCUUGCGCUUGGGGCAGACUUCUCCCAACAAGCUGAAUGAGAAGGGCCAGGAGAAGCAGCAGCAGCAGCAGCAGGCUGGGGGCAGCAGCAGCAGCUGCGGGCAGCGCAUUGUGGUCAUAGGGCUGCAGUUCCGCAGCAGCAGCAGAGACUUGCGGCUGCUGUGGUGGGCCCGGAGACAUUUGCUGCAGCAAACUGAUGUUGUAGUUCUGGUGUCUUGCUGGGAAAUUGCCCGGGACCCCAAAUACGCCAGAGUUCCAGGAAUGAUUCUGGCAGCAACUUCAGCAGCAGGAGCUUACAACCGGCAGCAGCAGCAGCACGUGCAGCAGCGCAUGCAUGACAUGGCGGAAAUAUCCCUCAACGGCCUCCACGUCUACUGCCUGGCAGUGCCCAUCAGCAGCACGAGCAAGACCUCCGUGGGGGACCUGCUGUGUCGGGUCUCGCGGCAGCUGCGCGCAGAUGUGAUGCUGCUGGGGGCCCGCAGCCACUGGCAGCUGCGGCGAAUUUUGUUUGGCUCGGUGGCUAGCUACGCGCGGGCCCACGCCAAGUGCCCCGUGCUGCAGUGCGCCAACGCCUAG